ACCCAUCCGUAGAUGCCCUUUGACCUUAAUGUUGAAUAUCAGGUAUAGGGCAUUUAUGGAUGACACCGAGGUGAAACGGAAGGCUGAGAGUGCUGGACACUUGAUAGUCUUCGUUCCGGACUGUAGGGAGCACCAUAGCAAGAACAGAAACAUACCUUCACUCAAGUUCUUGCCAUCACGCAGACAUCCUCAGCAGUCUGGUCAAGCUUGGGAGAGAGAAGUAAGGGAAUUAUAAGUGGCUCUGUCUCUGUGAACUGCUACCACACCAUAUUCUAACAUGACGACGACAAACAAUUUGCAACAACAACAACAUUCACCAAGCCACGAAGAGCAAUUUGUUGAAGCAGAGUCGUCACAGUCAUCACAAGGUUCAGGAGCGGUGAGCAAUGAAAUGAAUGGUCCCUUGCUAACCCUGUACAAGUAUGCCCAUAAUGGAGACUGGGAUGCCAUAAAAACCUAUCUUAUCCGAUACCCAAAUGCAAGAAAGGCCAUGAUUAAACCCUAUGGUGGAACAGCCCUUCAUGUAGCAGCUUUUUCUGGACAUCUGAGAGUUGUGGAGGAGUUAGUGAAGUUGAUGUCUGUAGAAGAAUUGGAAAUACAAGAUAAUCAAGGCAACACAGGUCUUUCUAGUGCUGCCUUUGUUGGAAAAAGAAAGAUGGCAGAAUGUUUGGUGAGAAAGAACAAACACUUGGUUACCUUUGUAAAUGCACAAAAAAAGAUCCCACUGGUUCAGGCAUGUAUAAGCAACUGUAAGGAUAUGGCUCUUUAUCUAUACUCUGUCACUCCAUUUGAAUUUCUUUGUCAAGGCAAUGGCCACCAUGGAUCUUAUUUCCUUCAAUGUGCUAUUGGUGCUCAAAUGCUCGAUAUUGUGUUUGAUUUUCUGCAUCGCUUCCCACAUAUGGCUACUAAAACGGAUGAUGUUCUGAAGUCGAAUGCUUUGAUUCGUUUGUCUACCUCGCCUCAAAUAUUUCCAAGUGCAAGUCAACCUGCGUUUUGGCAGCAAUUCAUCUGUUCAUGUAUUUGGUCAAAACCAAUUGUUGGAACUAAUGAUACGGUUCGUAUCUAUGUGCCUGCUCAGAGACUAAGGGAGUCGAAGAACAUUGUCCUUCAAGUGUUAAGUCAAUUGCGUGUGUUUGCAAAAAAUCUCUUCACGUUCUUAGGAAUCAAGCAAAUGUAUGAUUUAAAGAAGAUCCACAUUUAUUCGGAUAAAAUCCUACGGUGUAUGUGUGAGCAUAUAUCUUCUCUGGAUUACGAGGAACAGCUCAAGGCAGCUGUACAUCCAGCAUUCCACAGUGCAGUAAAGAAUGGCACGCUUGAGUUUAUUAUGGAGAUGAUCAAAGCUUGUCCUCAUGUAAUGAUCUGUACAGAUGAUAACUCGAGAACCCUAUUUAUGUCCUCGAUUGCAAAUCGACAAGAAAAGGUGGUCAGCCUUUUCUAUGGACUGGAAGCAACCAGAUCAGGAUUUGUUUCCCUUAUAGAUAGCUCAGGAAAUACAAUGUUACAUUUGGCAGCAAAACUGUCACCUCCUUCUCAUCUAUCUCGGAUCUCUGGUGCAGCUCUACAGAUGCAAAGAGAACUACAAUGGUACAAGGAAGUGGAAAGUAUUAUAAAUCCUACAGACAAGGAUUUUGCUAAUGUAAAGGGUCAGAUAGCCAGGGAAUUAUUCACAAGUGACCAUGCGGACUUGUUACUGAAAGGAGAGGAAUGGAUGAAAGCAACGGCAACUUCAUGCACUGUUGUGGGUGCUCUCAUCAUUACAAUUAUGUUUACUGCUGCAUUCACUGUUCCCGGCGGCUACGUUCAAGAGAGCGGCUAUCCGAUUUUUAAAGACAAGGAAUCUUUUACAGUUUUUAUAGUAUCGGAUGCAAUCUCUCUGUUUUCUUCAUCAACAUCAGUGUUGAUGUUCUUAGGAAUUCUUACGUCGCGAUACGCGGAGGAAGAUUUCCUUAAAUCCUUGCCCACCAAGUUAAUUAUCGGCCUUUCCACGCUUUUCUUCUCCAUUGCAACCAUGAUGGUAACCUUCUGUGCUGCUCUUAUGAUUAUUGUGGAUGGGAAAUUGCAAAUUAUAAUUCCGAUUGUCUUGGUCGCAUGUAUCCCUGUAACUUUUUUCAUGAUGUUGCAAUUUCCCCUCCUAGUGGAGAUUUUUGUAUCCACAUAUGGACCGGGAAUCUUCAACAAAAAAUUGAAACGUUGGUACUGAUUAAUGAAAUGUAUGUAAUUCUUCGUGUAA